AUGGGCCCUGGAUUGCCCUGCAGUGUCGGCUGCCAAAUGUGCCUGGACUUUUUCCUGCCUUUGCUGAAACCCUGCUUGUCAGCAGCCAGCCUCUUCAGACUGGGGGUCUUCUCCACUGGGGUACCGGUUGGGUGGAUGGGCGACCUGUAUCGGAGCGUACCGGGCUGGAGAGGGGCGCAGCAGAGGCGGGUCCACUUGCAUGCAGGCCAGGACCCCGUAGCGGGGGUAAUGAGCCCAUCGCUGUCCUUCCAGACUUUGUUUCCCUGCCAGUAUCUGGAACUUUGGGAUUCCCGCCAUUCCACGGGCAGCUCCACUCCUGGCACGAAGGGGUUAAGUCCACUUGCACUUUACAACCAAUGGCCAUGCGCAGCGCCUCUGCGGCGUCUCCUGAUUGGCGGACACACGGAGUGGGCGGGAGGACGGACGCCCCUCCGCCCAGGGGUGCGUUUAAAAGGCUGUGGCAGUGGUGGCGGCACACAGAUCACCUGCGCCAUGAGCAGCACGGAUGGCCCGGACCUAGCGGAGGCGCCCAAAGAGCGGUGCUUCCUCAGCACCGCGGAGGCAGCGGCCCUGGAGCGGGAGCUGCUGGAGGACUAUCGCUUUGGGCGGCAGCAGCUGGUGGAGUGGUGUGGCCAUGCUAGUGCCGUGGCUGUGACCAAGGCGUUUCCUCUGCCCGCUCUCCCCCGGAAGCAGAGGACGGCGCUGGUCGUGUGCGGCCCAGAGCAGAACGGAGCGGUGGGGCUGGUGUGCGCGCGGCACCUGCGGGUGUUCGAGUACGAACCCACCAUCUUCUACCCCACACGCUCACUGGACCCUCUGCACCGGGACCUGACUACUCAGUGUGAGAAGAUGGACAUCCCCUUCCUGUCCUACCUGCCCGCAGAGGUCCAGCUCAUCAACAACGCCUACAGGCUGGUGGUGGACGCUGUGCUGGGCCCUGGCGUGGAGCCGGGCGAGGUCGGGGGUCCCUGCACACGUGCGCUGGCCACGCUCAAGCUACUGUCCAUCCCCCUUGUGAGCCUGGACAUCCCCUCAGCACGGCGUGCCCUCUGCCCAUCCUGGCCCAGUCGCCCAGGCAGACGUGAGCUCACUCGGCAAAGGCCUCGCCCAUCCUGGCCGCCGCCCCAUGCCUGUUGGAACCAUUAGGCAACAGGCAGACGGAACAAACAGCUGCUAGCCAGCCGGACCCUCCAUGGGGGCAACCAGACUCGGGGGACAUCCCCCGGCUUACAAGAGCCCAGGGUCCUACCAACAGGAUGCCACAGAGCUGGGGAUGGUGGCUAAAGGAGGAGGUGGGCUGCCUGGUCACUGGGAGAGGCUGCAAGCUGGUAUCUGAAUAAACAGCCUAGGACAGAGGGGGUCGCCCUGUUAGGUCAGGAGGGGUUAUUAGUGGCCCCUAGUCAGGAGGGUGGAAGCUAGGGUCAGAGAAGGCAGGAUUAAAGUCAGACGGAGGAGGAAUUCCCUGAUGGUCCAGUGGUUACGACUCUGCACUUUCAAUGCAGGGGGCACGGGUGUGAGCUCUGGUCAGGGAACUAAAAUCUCACACGCUGCACUGUGUGGCCUAAAAAUAAAUAAACACACAUUUUAAAUAAAUAAAAAGUCGGAGGGAGGAGGCUUUCAGUGAGUGGACCCAGACAGGUCGGAGGGGGGAGAGAAGGCAAGACCCCAAGUCAGAAGGUGGAGGCUCAUCUGAGAUCUGGCAGAGGCUAUGGUCCAGUGAGGGAGGGGCUGGGACCUGCCAAGCCAAAAGGCAAGAUCUGGUCUGAGGAUGAAGGCAGGUCAGAGGGAAGAGUCUCUAGUCAGAAGGAGGAGGAUGGAUGCUCACGUUGCUAAGGGCAGGGCAUAUCUUCAGAGGCAAGAACCCGGCACAAAGAGACAGGUCUGGUGGGGGAGGCUUGACUGAGGAUGGAGGUGAGACGUGUAUUCUGAGUAGAGGGUGGGGAUCUGUCCAGAGGAGGCUGUGAGGUCUGGGAGGAAAGAGACUUCAGUCUAAGAGGGGGAGCUUAGGACUGUUAGGGAGGGAGGGAUACAGACAGAUCCCAGGUCAGAAGGCAGACACACAGGUCUGACUGGGAAGAGCAGCAGGUAGAAAUGUAGUCUGAUGGCAGAGGUUGAGACAGAUGGAGGAGGAGGAUUGGGUAGCAGGAUGGAAGCAGACAGACAAGUAUGAAGGCAAAGGCUGCGGUCAGAGGGGGAGGGAGACAUAUCCAAGGAGGGAGGAGAAACUGGGCUGAGGGCAGAGGCUCAGUUUUAUGGGGAGGCCGGUCUGACCAGGACUCACGUGUCAGAGCCCAGGCCGCGCUGGCUGGGGAAGGGGAGGUGGGUGGUGGGCGGCGGUGCUCCCGAGAACGAGCACUCCUCCCAGCUCCGGCUCCCGCCUCCCAUCCUUCCUCCCUCAGGCUGGGACCCAGAGACUGGCGGCGACGCCGAGGACGGGCUACGACCCGACGUGCUCGUAUCGCUGGCGGCGCCCAAGCGCUGCGCCGGCCGCUUCUCAGGGCGCCACCACUUCGUGGCGGGCCGGUUCGUGCCCGACGACGU